UAGAGGGGGAGAUAGUUGAUGGCGAUGGCGCAAUAUAACAUAACAAAAUAACAUAACCAAAACUAUCUCAUUUACCUCUUAGUGGGUGUUGGCAGCAGAAGUCAUUCAUUGCUUUUGUGUUGUUCCUUAUUGAUCUGGUGAGCAGCUCUUCACCAUGGCAGACAGAGUUCCCUCUUGGAUGGAUGAAAGUUUUGUCACAGCUGCACUUCAAGGUGGACCAAACAAUGAGCCAACUGUGUCAAUUGUCAGUUUGAAAGUCAUUCCACCCACCACUGUAGAGGGGUUCUCAAGUGACAUCUUCAGGGUACAAGUAAGCUACAGGAAGGGGGAUUCAACUAACGAGGAAUCUAAAUCUCUAGUGGUAAAAGUGCCUAACUCAUCUGCCUUAAUAAAUGUUUUGCUCGGUCCAAUAAGUUGUCAGAAGGAAUUCCGGCAUCAUAAAGAACUCCUACCGAAAAUGAUGAAAAUAGUAAAUUGUGCUUUUGCUCCUCAGACUUUCUAUAGCACUGUUGAGAAAGUAGUUGUCAUGGAAGAUUUAAAAGCAGAUUAUCGCAUGAUCGCUAGGAAUGUACAGUUGGACUUUGAACAUUGCAAGUUGGUGUUGACUACCUUGGCCAAGUAUCACGCGAGUUCUGUUGCAUUAUACAAGGAAAACAAAGAACUGAUCGAGUUUGUAGGCAAGGAAGUCUUUUUCCCUGAAGGUGGGCCACUGAGACAAUGGGUGGAGUUGGGAACAAGGACUUUGGGAGAGUCCUUACAAAAGCAGGGUUACAAAGAGUACGCAGACGUUUUUCUCAGCAGAGCUGACAACAUUUGGGAUCUGUUAGUGGAGAGUAUGAAACCACAACCGGGUCACUUGAAUGUACUAAACCACGGAGACUUGUGGUUGUUUAAUUUGUUUUUUAAAUACAACGAAGCAAAAGAACCGGUGGAAGUAAAAUUUAUAGACUAUCAAGCGUCUCGAUACACUCUCCCUGUGAUGGACUUGGUGUAUCUCAUAUACGGAAGUGCCCAGCCAGAUGUGAGAGAACAUCGACAGAUAGAACUCUACAACCACUACCUGGAGGUGUUCAACGGUACUCUGGAGCAGCUCGGGUGUACUGAGCGGUUGACGAUGAAGCAGUUCAAAGAAUACAUGAAGUUGGCGAUUCCUUGGUUUAUCGGCGUCAUAUCGUUUGCCCUGUCACACAUGUGGUCUAUUGACACCAAAGAUGAACAAAGUUUCGAUGCACUGACCACAGCAGAAGACUUCCAUUCAGGAAGAGCGAACCCUACACUUCUUGCACUACUUCGAGGAGAAGUCUUGAACGCUCGUCUCCCCGUUAUCAUGAGGCAAUACUUCGAAGUUAUGAACUAAAAAAGCUUCUACCAUAUACGAGUAUCUGUUAUACUAUUAUGUUAUUGUUUCAUAUACAGGUAUCUACUAUACUAUUUAUGUUAUUGUUUAUUAGUAUACGCAGUAUUGUUUAUUUUCAUUAAUAAAAAUUAAGAGCCUUUUGCAUUUAAACAAAUUGUUAUAUUUACACAGGGUUCUAAAUGGUUUUGACAUAAUAAGAAUAAUCUGUCACAGUUUGAUUGAGUAUUAUCAUUUUUGCAAGUAGCUUUUAACUAAUUGGAUUACUGUAAAAUUAGUGUUAUAUUAAAAUUAUCCCUUGAAAAGCAAAACAUAAUUUAGUGUAGUUUAAUCCUAUUACAAGAAAAUGUUUGGCCUUUAAAUAAGUGAUAUUGAUGAUUGCUACUGUUAUAUAGUAAUGAAUGCUAUUUAGCCAUAAGUUUUGUAUGUUGUUUACCUUAUUGCACUGUUGAAAGAAAAUGUCUAUAUUAAAGUUUGUAUACAAACCA